GUCCCCGAUGAGUUUGAUGGUGGAAGAAAGAGAUUGGGAUUUUCACCCUCCUUGAGACCCCAUGCAUUCACCCAUGCUUGGUUCCACAGACCCUGUGGGCAUCCAGCAGCUCCGCAGGACAUAUAAGUACUUCAAGGACUACAGGCAGAUGAUCAUCGAGCCCACCAGUGCCAAGCUGCUGCCAGACCCUCUGCGUGAGCCCUACUACCAGCCGCCCUACACUCUGGUCAUCGAGCUCACCGACGUCUUGCUGCACCCCGAAUGGUCGCUCAUCACUGGCUGGCGUUUCAAGAAGCGUCCGGGCAUCGACAGCCUCCUGCAGCAGCUCGCGCCGCUCUACGAGAUCGUCAUCUUCACCUCCGAAACGGGCAUGACUGCCUUCCCCCUCAUCGACAGCAUCGACCCGCACGGCUUCAUCUCCUACCGCCUCUUCCGCGAUGCCACCCGUUACAUGGAUGGGCACCACGUCAAGGACAUCUCCUGCCUCAACAGAGAUCCUGCCAAGGUGGUGGUGGUGGACUGCCGCAAGGAAGCCUUCUGCCUGCAGCCCUACAACGGCCUGGCGCUGCGCCGCUGGGACGGCAGCUCCGAUGAUCGCGCCCUCUACGACCUCACUGCUUUCCUCAAAACCAUUGCCCUCAGUGGUGUUGAAGACGUGAGGAGCGUGCUGGAGAACUACGCGCUGGAGGACGAUCCGCUGGCGGCUUUUAAACGCCGCCGGUCGCAGCUGGAGGAGGAGGAGCAGCAGCGUUUGGCUGAGAUGGCGCAGGGCAAGAAGCCGACGGGGCUCUUCCUGGGCGCCCUGGCUGGCCGUCUCUGGGCACGAUCCAAGCAGCAGUGAUGGCCCAAGAUGUUGUCAUCGUGUCACCAGGACGUUGUCAUCGCGUUUACUGCAUGCUUGGACUUGACUGGUGGUCCUGGCGCUGUGUCUGAGCUACAUUUCUUUUUUCUGUUUUGUUAUUUUGGGAGGUUUGGCUCCGCGAGGGUGAAUAAAGGGUUACGUGGA